AUGGCUGCAGCUGCAAAUAAUAAUUCUGCACGUGGUCAUUUACUUCACGUCGGUUUUACGGUACCAUUGAAUGAAUUAAUAUUGGAAAAUGAAGCAUUAGAGCGAGAACUUAGUCAUCUUGAUUUCCGGUAUAAUAUUUAUUCAGCUGUUCUUUUCUAUAAAACAUCAAAUCAAGAUGCUCUAUAUGGUUGGUUUGAACAACGAAAACGUUCGGCUCGUACAGGAUAUUUACGAGCUUUUUAUUCAAAUAAGAAAGGUGAAACUAUUAUUGAAAUGGAUGUUGAUGGUAAACAAUUUUAUCUUAUUGCUUCAACAGCAACGUCAAAACCACCUGUUGAAAUGAAAAAAGAUAUUUCUCGAGGUCUGUUUGGUGAACGUAAAUUAUUUUCAGAGCGUAUUCCAAUAACAUGUUUUCCUUAUAAAUAUGAUGCAAAUGCAGGCUUUAUCGAAUGUGAAGCUUUUACUACAUUCAAGAACGAACAAAAACCAAAAAAAGGUGCUUUGCAAUUAAAACAAGACGAAAAAACUGUUGACACAUAA